CCCUCCCUGCAGCCUCCCCUUUCAGUGUCGGCCAGAGCCAGUGGAGGCUGCUCCAGGUCUUUGACUGUAGACUGAACACUGAGGCGAGGGGGUUUGUGGUCAGCGUGGUGCACGUCAGUUCUCGUCCCUGCUGGUCGGGGUACGAGUAGGGAGCUGGUCUCACCUAACAGAUGUGUCUGGGACACUCCAGUCUAUUUAUUCUUUCAUUUACACACAGACAAGCAUGAUGGAGGUAUUGGGGGGAUACAGGGGCGACAGAGACAUGGAGCUGAGGCCAGAGGGAUACGUGAAGGAGUUCACACGUCACUCCCACGACGUGCUGCUGAACCUGAACGAACUGAGGCACCGCAACAUCCUCACCGACUUCACCCUGGUGGUUGGGAACGUGCACCUACAGGCGCACUGUGCUGUGCUCGUGGCCUGCAGUGGCUUCUUCUACUCGCUGUACUCCCGCCGUGUGCUGCUCCAAGGGCGUGGUGUCGGUGGUAGUGGGCAGCAGCUCAUGACCGUGUCCCUCCCCAACUCCCUGGAUCCGUCCAGCGUCUCCCUGCUGCUCGACUUCAUGUACACCUCCCGCCUCCCUCUGACCCCGGGCGUUGUCCCCGGGGUGCUCGCUGUGGCGACCUACCUGCAGAUGGACCACGUGGCCGAGACCUGCAGGGACUUCAUGCACCUGCACUGCAUGGAGAAUAAAAGUGCAAGACACCUCCGAUUGGAGCUGGACUCCAGUGUGUCUGUCGCCUCUGUGGCCCCUAAAGGAGGAGAUCUGCCUCAUCCAGGACCAAUGGCAGCAGCAGCAAGGUUCCCACUGGAGGGUGGGGGCUCGCUCAGGCAAGGGGCUUUCCCGUUUGGCCAGCCUGGGUCAAAGGAGCAGCGAGGGGGGCCGGAGUCGCCCCUCGUGGGCACCCCGACCCCGUCGCCGGACAGCCCUGCCCGCUCCAGCUGCCAACCCAGCUCUCCAGCCGAGUCCAACACGUGUAACAAAAGCCUUGUGAAUGAUACCAAAGCCUCACCGGACCCAAAGGCCUGCAACUGGAAGAAAUACAAGUACAUCGUCCUCAACCCUCUCUGUGCUGCGACCACGGUGAAGGAGGAGGAGAUGGACGAACCCCAAAAUCACACAUCGCCCGUCAAGGACGCGACCGGCUUGACAGCCAAAGCCCCUGCAGAGCCGUGGUCUGGAGAAGUGCCCGGUCAGAUUGAUAGACAGGGGCAGGCCUCCUGCUACGAGGGUUCUGGCCGAGCCCCUCCCCUCGGGCCACCCCCCUCUGUAGACCCCCUGAAGGUGCCCCCCACUCACAAGCAGGGAACAGUUUCCCCCUGCACCACUGACCUGGAAGCUGCCCGCCACAACCAGCCUGCAAUCAAACGUGAGAACUUCUACGCGCCCUACUCUUACUCUGGCAACCUGCAAGGGACCAAGUCUACCAGCUCAGGUGAGAAGCCGUACCGCUGCAACGUGUGCAGCGCCCAGUUCAACCGACCAGCCAACCUGAAGACCCACGCCCGCAUUCACUCAGGAGAGAAACCGUACCGCUGUGACACCUGCGGCGCACGGUUUGUUCAGGUCGCCCACCUCCGGGCCCAUGUCCUGAUCCACACCGGCGAGAAGCCGUACCCCUGCCACACCUGCGGCACCCGCUUCCGCCACCUGCAGACCCUGAAGAGCCACCUGCGCAUUCACACCGGAGAGAAGCCUUACACCUGUGAGAAGUGUGACCUGCACUUCCGCCACAAGAGCCAGCUGCGUCUUCACCUGCGGCAGAAGCACGGCGCAGUGACCAACACCAAGAUCCGCUACAAGGUGCUGACCGAGCCCUACCAGCCUCUCCUGCAGGCCUGCUGAGGAGGACGACCCCGCGACCCCGAGCAGAAUCUGAAUCUGAAUAGUCUAAAUAUUUCUUAUUCUUUCUAAAGUAUGAGUUGAUAAUUUAUAAAUGUCAGUUUGGGCCUUGGGGUUAAAAUGGAGUAGGUUUGGGGAAAGAGAUCAACGUGUUGCUGGAUGAGGUUUGGAGCUAAUAUAUGAAUCUUAUUAGUUGGGAGUUGGGAUUCAAAAGAUGAAGAUGGAGUUCAGAAGUGUUUUUGAAGGUUUGUGAAGGGAGAGAGUGAAAAGGAAAGAGACAAGGAAAAAGAAGGGAGGAUGUGUAUACACUGAGAUAUGGAGAUCUGUGAGCAUGUGAAGAAAGACAAAGCAAGUGUUUUGAAGGAGAUCGUGGAACAGUUGGGAGUUUUUGGAGUAAAUGAAAAUGAAACUUUGUUCUGACGCAUGGAGCAGCACUUAGUCAGCGUUGAGAUAUUGAAGCUUUUCUUCUUAAACGUGUAUUUAACUCAGAUUUAUCUUUAGCUUGAGGCCUGGGGCCCGUGUGUUCUUUAAAUAUGCAGUUUCAUCUGCUUUGACGGUCCAAGCAGGCAAAGGACAAUGAAAUGAUGUGUUGUUUUCUGAAAUGAUACGUUUAAAAAAAGAAGACGAUUGUAAUGAAUUGGAUGAUUGAUAAUAAUAAUGUUAAGUUUGUAUGUUUAUGGGUUCAUUUGCUGGACAAAGAUGGUUAAAUUAAAUCGUUUUUUUUAACAAUUG